CAUCGACAGAAUUUCUACAACCGCCACAAGGCACAAGCAAAAAGACACACACAACAACACACACCAACAACGAGAGGAAACAAGGAGGAAAAAGGCCGCAACCAGAUAGCCAACAUCUACCCCAACAACACCAAAGAAUCCACCCACACCCCAACACUCCGCGCCGUACAACAACAGAGAGACAGGUCCCACACACCACCACCGCUUGUGCGCACGCGUGUGUUCGUGCGUGCGUGAGCUUGUGUGCUGUCGCUUUUCGUCGGUGAUGUGCAGCAGUAGUAGCAGCAACAGCCGCCGCUUUCUUCGACCUGCGAGCAACAUCGUCACCGAGUACCCUGCCAUCGCCAGUGGGCCUUUGGCGGCAACAGCCUUGCAGCCCCUGUUCUAAAGCAUGAAUCCUUCAACCCAAGGCGGUGCUGCGGGGGACGAUGGUGAGCAGGUUGCAAAGCGGCCGAAGCUUGGCUCGGACACAGCAGCGCCGCUCUCACAGUCAGCAACACCGGGCCUCUCGCCAGCAACAAACGUCAACGGAAACACCCCCGUUGGCGUUGUGCUCACCUCAACCACCACCACCAACAACAACAAUGGCAUGAGUACAGCUGCACCACCCCAGGUUGCGUCAUCGUCGUCGUCGUCCGUCGCCAGUGACCAACAGCAGCCGCUGCUGACGCCCACAUCGUUACCAGCCUCCACCAGUGUUGGCACAGCCAAUGGCAGCACAUCCACCUCUACAGCCACCACCACUGCACCCGCCACGACGGCAUCAAGUGCAGCGGCCGGCACGACAACGAGCGACACCUCCGUCUCGCCGCCGUCACAGCCACGCACGCCAGCCUUGCAGGCAGCGACCGCAACGUCACAGGCACAACCCUCCUCAUCAACAACAGGCGCAGCCAUGCCAUCAUCAUCAACGACCCCAACAACAUCCACCACUUCCACGCCGCUGCAGGCGAUGGCGUCUUCGGCACCGCUCAUACAACUGCCGAGCGCAUCUGCUGCUUCGCAGCCGCCAGCAUCGUCGUCAUCAGCAGCUGCACCAACAUCGUCGCAGUCCAGUUUCUACAGCACGGCAGCACCCGCCUCAAGCGCACCACCUCCAACAACAACAGCAACAACAACAGCAACAACAACAACAACAGUACCAGCGUCGACACCUUAUGGUUCGUCGGGCUCCGCAAUGGGCAAUGGCCCCGUGUCAACCACUGCACCGCCGCACACAUCGCUGGCGUAUGCAACCACAGCCCCAGUAAGCGCCGGUGCGCCGCUAACGACAACAACGACGACAACGACAACAACAGGACCCGCGCCGACACCGUAUGCAUCCACAGCCCCACCCACCACCACCACCACCGCCAUGACUGCGGCUGCAACCGUGCCCGUCAUUUCCCACUCUGGUGCACCCCCGUACCAACAGCAGCAAUACCAACAACAGCAGCCGCAACAGCAGGGGUAUGUGUCGUCUGCGCCCGUAAGCACGGGUGCGUACGCGUCCACAGCGACGACGACAACGACGGUGGCGACGCAGCCGAUGAUCACAUCCACGAGCGCGCCCGCUACCACUCCGUAUUCGUCGUCAGGCGUGGUGUACAGCCAGGGUGGGCCCACAGCGCCAGCGGUCACAACUGGUGUUCCAUCCUACUCAUCAGCACCAUCGUCAUCAUCAUCAUCAUCGUGGCCGCAGUCGUCAUCAUCAUCAUCAUGGCCACAGUCGUCCACGGCCCCGGUGUCGUAUGCGCAGGCGCCGUCGCCUUACCACCAACAGCAGCAACACCAACAGCAGCAGCAGCAGCAGCAGCAGCCACGGUCGUAUGCAACGACAACCAGUGUUGCCAGCAGCACAUCGCAACAGGCCCCAAUGAUAAGCACCAUGGGCAGCGUGCCGGUUCCAUCGUCGUCAUCGUCAUCGUCGGUAUCAACAACAGCGCCAAGGUUGCAGCCGUUGGCGAUGCCAAGCAUGGCCGCAUCAAGCGCUGCUUCAACUGCCCCUGUAUCGUCGACCGCCACCUCGUCCGCAUACCGGUCGUCCAUACCCACCUCCUCGCCAUACAUGCAGCAGCAGCAGCAGGGGGUGCAAUCGACAACCGCGACAUCAACGACAGCAAUGGGGUCGUCGUCGUCCACACCGUCGACGUCGCUGCAGUCGUCGGCGUACAUGCAGCCGGCACCGUCACCCCAGGCCAAUGCGAUGCUGUCCCCAACAGGCGUCCUCUCUCCAUCAUCGUCCUUUCCGUUUUCAUACAACCAGGGCCAACAGCAGCCAUAUGCGCAGGGGCAGCCUUUGCCGGGCUCGUCUCCGUCAAUGUCGACCUCUUCCGCUCAGAUGCGAAUGCCCCCACCGCCACCGCCGCCACAACCGCAGUCGUUGCCCAACGGUCAUGGUGGGGCUUCCCCGUACAUGCCGUCGACAACAGCAGCGACAGCGCCUGGGGGUGCCCCGUCCGCUGAUGCGCAGGCCCGCGCCUCUGCCGCACAGAAAAUCCCCGUGAUUCAUCGGCAGCUGACGCUGCUUCUUCAUGCAUACCGAUGUCGCAACCCAAACUGCCAAGUCAAGUUUUGCGGCGACAUGAAGCGCGUGCUGAAGCACAUGGCUUCCUGUCAGAAGAACAAGUCGUGCCCUUAUCCACAUUGCGGAUCAUCGAAGCAGCUGCUUGCGCACUACAGCUCAUGCUCAAACCCAAAGUGCCCCUACUGCCGACCAAUCAGAGAUGUGCACGCCAAGAAGCUGGCGGCGAUGCGCGCUGCUGCCAAGAACCAGAAGAUGGGCGGUCAAGGCUUCCCGCAGCGCCAGCAGCCGUCCUCACAGCCGCAGCCAUUGCAGGGGCCAGGACCUGUCCCCAAGUCUGAGCCGCUCGCCCACCCGCAACAGGGCGCCAACCUCAACGCCAGCAGUGCGGAUGCCAAGCCCGCUGUGAGCGCAGCGGCAAGCGCGCGACCACCGUCAUCCUCAUCAUCGUCCAUGCCACCGCCACCUCCCGCACCCAACACGAGCAGUAGCAGCAGAGGAGGUGGUGGCAAUGGAGGAAGUGGGGGCGCUGCGCAGGACUGGCGGGCGGCAUUGAAAGACGUCAAGUCCCUCAGGAUCAAGCUCAGGGAGAAGGUCAUUGCUGCACUCAGCAAGUGUGUGAGUCCCGAGGAGAAGGCGGGCACACAGGACCGCAUCAAGAGCCUGGGCGCCAAGAUUGAGGACCAGGCCUUCCACAAGUCGCAGACGCAGAAGGAGUACUUUGAGAUGCUUGCACAGCGCAUCUACCAACUGCAGAAGGCACAGGCAAGCCGCACGCCGACGGGGAGUGCACACAAGCUCGUGCCAAAGCCAAAGAAGUGGGACCGGGAAGAGCUGCUGCACCACUUUUGGCCGCUGCACGAGAAAAUUCGCAGCCACGAGGACAGCCACCCAUUCCUCGAACCCGUGGACACGGUUGCGCUCAACUGCUCAGACUACUACGACAUUAUCAAGCAACCGAUGGACCUGGGCACCAUCGGCAAGAAGCUCAAGGCCGGCGACUACAAGGACCCUUGGGAGUACUGCGAUGAUAUGCGACUCAUGUUCAGAAACGCGUUCACCUACAAUGGCGAAAAGUCCAUUGUUGGCAAGAUGGCGAAAACGCUGUUUAACCUGUGGAACGCGGAGAUUGAGCCGAUCAUGAAACGCAUGGGGUUCUGCUGCGGGCAAGAACUUGUCUUCAACCCGCCCACGCUGUACUGCAAUGGCAAGAACCUGUGCACAAUCCCGCGCGAGAGCAAGUACAUGAGCUAUCGCACCUCCACGCUCAUUGUCAACUACUGCCCCAAGUGCUGGAAGAAGCUGCCUACGGGCCCUGUCAAGAUCACCGACGAGAAUGGACAAGAGGUGCCUGUGGAGCGCAGCCAGUUUGAGGAGAAGGUGAACAACGAGCUGGAGUAUGAGAAGUUGAUUGAGUGCCACGUGUGCAAGCGACGGCAGCACCAGAUUUGCGAGCUCUAUCACGAGCACUUCAAUCAGCCGUUUGUCUGUUCCCACUGUCGCGAGGCACUGCAGUACCCGCCACCACGCGUCCCACACACCGCAGAAAGCCUUCCGACAACGCACCUGUCCAAGUACCUUGAGGACCGUGUGCGCGGGGCGCUGCGCGACGACCCCGUGGCUAAGGAUGUGCUCGUGCGCGUUGUCUCUGUUCGCAGCAAGUCGUUUGAGGCGAAGGAGGGCAUCAGCCAGUACUACAAGCAGCGCGACAGUCCGUUCCCAGAGUCGUUUCCGUACAAAUCAAAGGCGCUCUUUGUCUUCCAGCGCAUCGACGGCGGCCGCGACCUCUGCUUCUUCGGCCUUCAUGUGCAGGAGUACGGGGAGGACUGCCCGGAGCCAAACAGGCGGCGCGUGUACAUCAGCUACCUCGACUCUGUGAACCUCUUUGAACCAAAGUCCUACCGCACCACGGUGUACCACGAGCUGCUCAUUGGCUACCUGUACUACGUGGCCAAGCUCGGCUUCCUGCAUGCCCACAUCUGGGCGUGCCCACCAAGCCCCGGCGACGACUACAUGUUCCACUGCCACCCGCCAAACCAGCGCGUGCCGACGUCGAAACGGCUGCAGGCGUGGUACCGGGACAUGCUGAUCAAGGCCAAGGAGCGCGGAGUGAUCCAGGACUGGUGCGACCUGCAGCAGUACGUGGACAGCGAGCGCCUGAGCGAAGCGCGCCAGCUGCCCUACUUUGACGGCGAUUUUUGGCCCAACCAGCUGGAGCAGAUUGUGCAGGAGAUCAACAAGGACGAGGAGGAAGAGGCAGCGGCAGGCGGCAAGGGCAAGAAGGGCUCCAAGCAGAGCAAGAGCAAGAAGGCAAAGGCAAAGGCAAAGGCAACCAAGAAGGUGAACAAGAAGGUGCGCGCCGGAAAGUGGGAUGAGGAGCUUGCUGAUCGCGCAUAUUUGGAUGUGCAGCGCCACAAGGACGUCUUCUUCGCCAUCAAACUCGUCGCAAACACAAAGAACCCGCCGCCAAUGCCACACGACCCCAACCCGGAGAUCAAGUGCGAGCUGAUGGACGGGCGCGACAGCUUCCUCACGCUGUGCCGCGAAAACCACUACGAGUUCAGCUCCAAGCGCCGGGCCAAGUUCUCGACGCUGAUGAUGCUGUACCACAUUGCGACUGCAGACAACUCUGAGGGCUAUGUGUGCGACCUGUGCAAGCACAGCAUCUCUGCCGUUGACUCGCGCUACCACUGCGUGGGUGGGUGCGAGGAUUACGAUUUGUGCAAGAGCUGCUACGAGUCGCAGGGCCACGAGCACAAGAUGGAGCAAGUGGGCGUCAUUGUGGACAACACAACCAGCACAACGCGUGCGUUCCAGCAGGCUGCCAGCUUGCUCACCCACGCGAACGUGUGCACAGACGCCAAUUGCCAGGUGAAGCAGUGCUCCAUCCUCAAGCGCUACCUGCAACACGCAAACACGUGCCGCCGCCACUACCGUGAGUGCAAGCACUGCCGCACCUACUGGACCAUUCUUCGCUACCACGCCAGCCACUGCCGUGAGGACCCGUGCCCGAUGCCCCAGUGCUCGCGCUACAAGGCCGCCGUUGCUGAGCAGCUCAAGCGCCGGCAGCGGGCUGCACGCGCCGCACAGGCCUCACAGAACCGCCGUUUUGCACAACAAGCCGGCAACUCGGACUUGUCGCGGCAGUCGAGUGCCGCUGCGCCCGCAAUGGCCUCGCGUCGCAGCUCCUCUGCUGCCUUUGCAGGCAACCCAGCGGCUGCGUCAUCAGCAUCGACAACACCAUCAUCAUCAUCAGCAGCAGCAGCAAGGAGUAACCCGCCUAGUAAAGUGGAACCGCUUGUGCGUGCAAAUGCGUCCAACGGGAUGUCGAUGGGGCCGGCAGCGUCGUCGUCGUCAUCAUCCACAGCAGGGCAGUCUGCAGCAACACAGCAGCCGCAGCGAAUACCAAGCAUGCCGCCUAUGCCUCUGUCAUCGUCGUCGUCCUCCUCCUCUGGCGGGCAGCAGCGGCAGGUUGACUCUGCGUUGAAGCAGCAGCAGCGCGAGUUCAUCCGCUGUGCGUUCCAGGCGCUGUCGCCGAAGGAGCAGUCAAACUACAUGCAAGUCACGCAGCACGUGGACAAGCUGCGACAGGCGAUGCACAUGCUGUACAAGCAAAUGGGCUCGCAAGGGGUGACGGCAGAGCUCUCGGACAAGUUUAAGCGCGUGGGGGACAAGCUGCGUGAGAUGGAUGAACAUCGACGCGGCCUGCUGCUGCGCGUGGACCUGAAGGUGUUGCCGGAACACGUGCGGCCAAUUGCUGCACGCAUGGCAGAACAGGACAGGCGAAAGCGCGCGCAACAGCAGCAGCAGCAGCAAGACACAGCUGCAGGGGGCUUGCAGGUGCCUCGUCCUUCGUUGUCAUCAGCGCCAUCGUCGUCGCUGGCGUCGAGUACAGCACCGCCUGUACCGCAGGCGAGCAGCAGUGGCAAAAUGCCACCACCACAGCAGCCGCAGCGUGCGCCUGGUGUUGGCGUGGGGGCCGUGCCACCGGGGUCAGCACCGUCUGCGCAGCAGCUACAGCGUGUCUUGCAACAACACCAACUGCAGACUGGGAAGACGCAGAACUUCGACCAACUGCGCAAGUUUGUGACGCAGGUGAUGCUGUCACCGCCACAGCAGCGUGCACAGAUGGUGCAGGCGCUACCGCCAGAGGAACGCUUGAGGGUGAUGCACAUUCUCAGACGCCUUGAGGCGCAGUCAAAGCAGGCGCAGCAGCAGCAGCCACAACCACCACCGCAGCAACAACACCAGCAGCAACACCAGCAGCGUCAAGUUAUGCCCCUGAUCCCGCCACAGCAACAGCAGCAACAAGGCCAACAGACAAAUGGCGGUCAGCGUGGAAUGUCUGCAGCCAACAUUGCACCACUCAUUUCUCCACGAGAUGCAUCACAGCAGCAGCAACGGCAACAGCAGCAGCAACGGCAACAGCAGCCACCACCACGACAAUAGCCAUACGCUGACGUGUGUGGGUUUGCUGGUUUCAUUGGUGACUUGCGCGUGCGCGUACUCAUUGUUUAUGCAGAGCAGGUGUGCUGUUCGCCACAAGCUGGUGUGAGCCGUAUUUCCGAGGCCGUUACGCACUAUUUUCUCCCUUCAUCGCUUCACAUCAGCUUUCUCCUCAUCCCCACGCCAACGCGUGUGGGUGUGUGUGGGUUCCUGCCCUCCCUCCCUCCCUUCUUUUUUCGCUCUGUUGCCCUGCAACACCCCAUGCCUCGAGUUAAGUAUGAUGGUGGUCUCUCCCACUCGCCGCUUUUGUCUGCUGGUUUUGUGCUUGUUAUCGUUGAUGAUGCAAAGGGCACUUGGCUUCCAUCGUGAAUGUGUGAGUGUUUGUAUUUUGCCAUGUCCCAGAAAGACACUCCUCGCUGUGUGUGUGUACGCUCUGUGUUAUGUACGUAUGUAUGUCUUUUUGCCACGCUUGCGCAAGGCCUUGUUGUGCAGCACGGCGCAUGUGUGCGUUGUUAUCCAUACCCUCUGUGCAUUGCGUGUGCGUCGUGUGUCUGUGAGCGCACAAUUCGUUUCGUUUCGUUGACCUUUUGCCCAGCUCACUUGCAGAUUGAUGGGUGGUUGUCACUUGGUGUACAUUUGACUGCUUGUGAGCAUCCUUGUGUGCGUGUAUGCUGACGCGUGUUAACUUUCCUACCUGUCGCGCUUUUCUUUGCUUUCUUUCGUAGCCUCGCUCGCACGUUCGCUGUGUUGUGUGUUGGUGGUGAGUCUUGGUUUCUCACCACACCUGAGUGAACAGUUUGUAAUGCA